ACGGAGAGACCGGGGGAGGAGGCCCAAAUUUCCAAUCCAACACUGAGAUGCGAGUGAAAUGGCAACGAGCUCCACCGCCACCAUCAUCGCCGCCUCCUCCUCCCCGCAGCCGCAGCCUCUCUUCCUCCUCCUCCGGCUAAGGAGCAGGGCCAGACCCGGGGCUCGCCUGAGAGCUGCCGCUGCCCGCUGCUCCUCCUACAACGGUUGGGCCGACCUCGCCGCCGAGCCCGACCUCCCCUUCCCCCUCCAGCCAUCUCAUGCCCUGCUCCCGCUCCUUCUCCUCCCCAUCGCUGCCCUCUCCCUCCCCCGCCUCCCUCCCCUCCCCCUCCUCGCCGCCGCCUUCUCCGCCGGAUUCGCCACCAGGCACCUCGCCCCCUCUCCCUCUCCCACCCACUCCCGUCGCCUCGCUGCCCUCCUCGCCGAUCUUGACGCCCAGCUCCGCGCCCUCAGCUCCUCCUCCUCCUCCACCGCCGACCCGAGUCUUCUCCUCGACGUCGCCAAUCAACUCCGCGAUGCCGCCCGCCUAGCUGCCCAAGGCACCAUGCUCGGGGAUGCGGUCAAGGAGGCCGCCGGUUAUUUUGCUGCCUUCAGCUCGCCACGGAAGAAGCCCAAGACUGCUGCGGCGGCGGCGCUCAGCCUGGAAACGCCUAGUCCUCAGGACGACGGCAACGGUGGUCUAUUGGCUUCAGCAACAAAUGCUACCACGAAACGCACUCAAGGCAAGCCACUGGACUCACCUAGUGCUAGUGGUGGGACUAGGACUGGGCUGGGUGACAUGCUUCCAUUCGACAUGGAUAUCCAUCCAUUGGAUGAUGCAGGGUUCAGUGCUCACAGUAAGCAAGAUGAUGAUGCUGAUGAUGGAGUGGAGCGAUUAGUGUCCAAGCACAGGUAUGGGCGUCACACCGAUUCUUUUCAACAAGGCAGACUUGCCACUGAGUCCAUGGAGUCGCCUUUGCUAGAGAGGACGCUCGAAAUUCGGGACAGAUCCUACAAGUUGAAGAUUGAGAGCUGCCGCGGUAACAAGAGUCAAUCAAAUGAAGCACAACAGAGGCCGUCUCAUCACACUACUACUUCUGAUAAUAUAGAUGAUGAAAGUAAUGCCGUGGAUUCAGAUGGCGACGAGUUCAGCCACAAUGUCAUUGAGGCAGCAGAGAUUUUGAGGAAGGCGAGGGAAUGCAUGAUGGCCAGAGAUGAUGAAGAGACUGCAGAUGCGCUGCUGUACAAAUCAGCCAGGCUUCUUUCCACAGCUGUUGCUUUGAGGCCAUCAAGUUUAGUAGCGGUGGGUCAGCUAGGGAACACCUACCUACUCCAUGGAGAGCUCAAGCUCAAGGUUAGUCGCGAGCUGAGAACACUCUUGGCCAAUACCGGUGCUCUUCUAAAUGGAAGAGACCGCGUCUCACGGUCCAGGAAGCUGGACAGAAGAAUCUUAAGCAGAGAAAACAUUUCGUCUGCCUUAGUUGAUGUUUGUGAAGAGUGUGAAAGCCUUCUUGUUGAGGCUGGGAGAAGCUAUCGGAUGGCCCUAUCGAUUGAUUCUGGUGACGUCAAGGCACUGUACAAUUGGGGACUAGCACUUAUCUUUCGUGCCCAGCUACUUGCUGAUAUCGGACCGGAAGCAGCAAUUGAUGCUGACCGAGUUUAUUUGGCUGCAAUCGAUAAAUUUGAUGCGAUGUUGUCCAAAAGCAACACAUAUGCUCCGGAAGCUCUCUACAGAUGGGGCAUUGCACUGCAGCAGCGAUCCUAUCUCCGUUCUGGAAACAACAAGGAGAAGAUGAGGCUCCUGGAGCAGGCAAAGAGUAUGUUUGAAGACGUUCUGUAUGUAGAAGCAGAUAACAAGACGGUAAGAGAAGCGCUAUCGUCAUGCAUAGCAGAGCUCAACUACCAUGGGCGAUGGUUAUAACCAAAUUUGGUUGCGGGAAAUGCUUCUUGUGUGGAGUUUGAUGAUCCCUAUUUUGUUGUCAAUUGUCGUUGUACGCCUUCUUUCGUUUCCUACGUGCAAUUGGUAUUCUGCCUUACCGAGUUACCGGUAAGUUGUGAAUCUAGGAUACUACUGUAUUUGAGUAUCAAAUAAAACAAUAAAUAAAUAAAAGCGAUUGUGUGAA